AUGGAUGACGCAAACGAUGAUGAGGUGUAUUUCUUUUCAUCUGAUGAAGAGGAUUUUGAAGGUCUUGGUACUAGUGAAUUGAGUGGAGCCAGUGUAAUAAAAGGAACUGGCGCUCAUGGGAAAGCAGUAUUUGCAACAUCAGUAAAAACAAUUGGUCAAAAUCCACAGCUGGCCCUCGCCCUUGUGAUACACAGUUAUAAUGAACCUGGCAAGUGUGAUGAAGUUGUGCUGUAUACGAGAGAAAAAAAUGUGAUGUUUCGCGGUUCGUUAGAUGGUAGAUUUUCACUUACAGUUAGUAGAGCGUCGGCAUCAAUGCGAUCAUCAAAUGAUCCCACCGUAUGGAUAGUGCAACUUCCAUCUGAAGAAAAUUGCAUUUUAUUUGCAGCAUCGAGUCACCCAGUAAGUUGUGGUCCUAAGUAUGUGAAAUUGGGAAGAAAAAGUGAAAGAGUAAAUUCCUUGCAAAGUUUUGAAAAUGUUUACCCUUUGAAACAAAAAAUCAGAAUUCAGCCUGAGAACACGUCAUUUACCGAGAAAUUAGAUACACAAGUUCGACAGCUUUCAACAGUAUCUCUAUCUUCGUUACGAGAUGUGAAUGAAUUUGGAAAAACAGAAGUGUUCGUAGAACUGCCUCAGUCACUAGUUGCCAUAAAACAGUCAAAUUUAUCCAUUUGUAGCCGGAAGAUUCGAAAGUUUAUUGUAUUGUUGAUUGAUAUUGGAGGUGUAGUUUUGUUUUUGAAGAAACUGAAGCGAAAGGUCCAGGAGGCUGAUCUGCGCUUCAUUACACGUUUAUGUAUUCCUUUCCAAAUUUCAUUUUCUGAAAUGAAUUGGUUUUUUGCAUACCCUUGGAAGUUACGUUCAUUUUGUAAGGAAAUAGGGGAAGAAUGA